CCUGCCUCAAUACAUGCACUUUUCUUUCAUUGCAGAUCACUGACGUUCCGGAUACUAUAUAGUUGGCUUACAUUCUUACCACUCUCCGGACCCGCAUUCCUCGGUUGUCGCCCCAACUUCUGUUGCGCCCGUUUGCUGCCUUUUAUACAUUCCCGGCCGCAUUGGGACUUUAUGUGAAUUACUGUGGCCGUCUUCGUCUACUGCUGCCAUUGCACCCGCAAUUAUAGACUGCCUCUUUACCCACUGCGCGGUCCUCAGGACUCCAUCCUGUGUCACUCUGUUUGGUAGGCUUGGAGACCCCGCGGGAUUCUGAGUCGCCACCAUGCCUUCCACUCUGUGGGAGAAGACGAAAGGCACAUCUAAGAAAGGAUUCGAUAAGGCAUGGCAUACCCUCGACAAGCUGGGCGAUCCCGUCAACCGGCUAUCCUACAAGGUCGGCGCAGAGGCCUUUUGGCCCAUGACCCUUGAUAAAGAAAGCGACAAAGCCGCGCGAAUCCUCCGAAGUUUCUGCAAAGAUGGUUUCUAUUCCAACGAAGAUGCCGAACGUCAAAGCACCGACAGCUCGGUCAGCAAAGAAUCCGGCAAGAUCGAUCGCCCCAAGGGCAAGCAGCGGGUCUUGAAGAAGAUCCCCGCUAGGGUUAUACAGCGCGCCAAGGGUCUCGCUAUCUUCACGACUAUGCGCACAGGCCUCUGGGUCAGUGGCUCGGGUGGCAGUGGUGUGCUCCUGGCGCGGACCCCAGAUACCAAUGAAUGGAGUCCGCCUUCCGGUAUCAUGCUUCAUACGGCUGGUAUUGGUUUCCUGGCGGGCGUGGAUAUCUAUGACUGCGUGGUAGUCAUCAAUACAUAUGAGGCCUUGGAGGCUUUCAAGAAAGUGCGAUGCACUUUGGGUGGAGAAGUCAGCGCUGCAGCCGGUCCGGUUGGGAUGGGCGGCGUGCUUGAUUCGGAAGUGCACAAGCGGCAGGCCCCGAUUUGGACCUACAUGAAGAGCCGUGGUUUGUAUGCUGGCGUUGCCGUGGAUGGUACCAUCAUUAUCGAGCGUACCGAUGAGAACGAGCGCUUCUAUGGCGAGCGCAUAUCGGUUACUGACAUUCUUGCGGGCAAGGCCAAACGGCCUCCUGCAUCGAUUCAAACGCUGCUGAACACCGUCAAAGCUGCCGAGGGCAACCCGGCUGUGGAUGAGAACUUGCUGCCACCCGGAGAAACCCCUGGGGAUGUUGAGAUUGUGCCUGGACCGGGCUCGUUUGGCAUUCCCGACCCCGAGGACCCCGAUCCAUUCGGUGUCAAGGCACUGGAGGCGGAGGGUCUUUUUAUUCGCGAAGCUGGGACGAAAUCCAGGCCGUCGCAGGAAGCGUUCGAGUUUAAACCCGGCCCGAACAGCCCGAUAUUUGCGACUUUCCGACGAAGCAUCGACAGCUCACCACGCAAUAGCUGGAGAGCAAGUGUACAGAGCUACGCCAGUAUGGACCGAGGAACGCAAACUGAUGAUGGUCCUACGACUGCUCCGACUUCUAUCAGCCGUGCCUCCUCCCGGAGCUACCGUGACGUGUCCGACCGCGCUGAGACCAGUCCUUGGGACAACGAGGAGGGACGCUGGGAGACUGUCAUCCCCGAACACGACGAGUAUCACGGCCAGGAUGAUGUCGAAGACGUGGAUCUGGAUGACGAUGUGGAAAUUCACGAAGUCAGCAGUGCCACUGUAUCGAAGCGCGAGAGUGCUGCCCAUUCGCCUGUCCCGGUCGAAGAUUCCAUCGCUCCUGUGGAGUUUAAGCGUCACUCGCCCACAUUCACACGGGCACGCCUUGUGACGAUCUCCAAGCGGAUGCCCCCGGCCCUCCCACCCCGAAACCCCCAGCGGACGCCCGCUCCUGUUUCGACUUCGACUCCUAGCUCGCCUACGGUAAACCCCUACGCACACAGCCGCCGGCGUUCCGUGGCGUCUAGCCCGGGACACGCCACGUACGGCUUCACAGAGAUGCCUCUGUACCACAAGAGCGACUCGGAGAGUGACCUGUCCUCUACCGGUGCUCCCGAGUCAUCCAACAAGCCGUCACCAGACCGUGAAGAGUUCCACUCGGUAUCCAGUCUGCACGAUUCGGACGUGGCGUCCGAGACCGAGGCUAAUGAGGCCAAGGAGACUGAGACCGAGAAAACCCACGAGGCAUCAUCCGAUGCGAGCACUCCUACAUACGUUCACGAGUCUGAUCUCUCCCCAUGGGGGAAGUCUGACACGGACCUGGCACCCACCAAGACCAUCACUUCUGAUGACCAUGUCAAAGUGGAGUCUACGGUGCAGCCCCAGACUGCGUGAGUGCUAGAGCACAUAUCGCCAUUCCUUGUAUAUAUUCCUUCUGGCAUAUUGUUAUUGGGAUUCAUCCCGUUGCAUAUUGCAUGUUG